CUGUUCGGAGGGGUGACGGGCGGUGCUCGAGUGCGAAGCGCUCCGCGUCCUCUUCUUACUACAGCCCAUGGCGGGGGGCGAGGAGAACAGGGAAGAGGGCGGCCUCGAUGAGCUGCUUCCCCCUUCUCAUGGCCCUCCGCAGGACCCCUCCCAGGGCGUCCCCGGGGAGCUGCCCCGGGACAGGCCCAACCUGCAGCAGCCACAGCCCGGCCUGCCUCACCAAGAGGACGAGAAGGAGAAGGAUGGAGAAGAUGAAGAGGAGGAGGAGGCACAGCGCACAGAGGGUCAGUUUGAUGGAGUGUUGGAUGAAGACACCGUGGCUGAGGGACUCCACAAGCUGGGGCGCUCAGCCCCUGGUACCGAAUACGUUUAUCUUAAUCUGUCACUUUCGGGUCGUGAGUUAAGUGACAUUAACAUUCUCUCCAGAUACGUUCACCUAGAGAAGCUGGAACUUUCAUAUAAUAAAAUUAAUGAUCUUUCGUGUAUCAGUCACAUGCCUUACCUACUAGAACUGAAUGCUUCCAACAAUGAAUUGACUACAUAUUUUGCUUUUAAACCGCCUAAAAAUCUCAAGGAAGUAGAUUUUUCCUACAAUCAAAUACCUAAAAUGCAAGAUCUGUCAGCGUACCACGCGCUUACUAAACUCUUGCUGGAUUACAAUAACAUCGAGGAGAUAAGAGGACUGGAGAAGUGUCAUAGUCUGACUCAUCUUAGUUUGGCACACAACAGACUCAUUGCAAUCAGUGGCCUCAAGAACUUACCUAUCAAAAUACUCAAUCUGAGCUCUAACCAGAUUGAGAAGAUAACUGGGCUGGACAGCUUGAAAACUCUACAGAAGCUGGACCUAUCUAGCAAUAAAAUAUCUAGUCUAGAAGGCUUGGAGGAACAUGAUCUACUAGAGGUGAUUGACCUAGAGGAUAACCAGAUUGCUGAGCUGUGUGAACUUGAAUAUAUUGAAGGUCUGCCUCUCCUCAGAGUUUUAAAUCUUUUAAAAAAUCCUGUACAGGAGCAGACAGAUUAUUGGCUGUCGGUGAUUUUCAAGUUGCUCCAACUAACAGAUCUGGAUCUCAAGAAGAUUUCGGUGGAAGAAAAGGUCGCUGCUGUGAAUAAAUGCGAUCCUCCUCCAGAAGUCCUGGCUGCUGAGGACCAUAGAACUCAUGUCAUGAAUAACGUGCUGCAGCCCCAGAGGAUCCUUGACAGCACUUUACCUAGUCUUGAUACUCCCUACCCCAUGCUGGUAUUAGUUGGUCCUCUGGCCUGUGGUAAGAGAGAGCUCACUCAUAAGAUCUGCAGACAGUUCAACAAUUUCUUCAGAUACGGUCCCUGUCACACUACCCGGGCAGCUUACUUUGGGGAAGAAAACAGACUUGAUUACUAUUUCGUUUCUCAAGAAGCAUUUGACAAAAUGGUGACUGCUGGCAAGUUUAUAGCAACCUAUAAAUACAGUGGCUAUCACUACGGACUUGGGAGAGACACCAUAGAAUCAAUUGCCAGAGAAGGUCUUGCAACCUGUGUUCACUUAGAAAUAGAGGGUGCACAUAGCUUGAAAAAUACCUACUUUAAACCCAGAUACAUCCUGUUGGUACCAAAGAACAAGGAAAAAUAUGAGGGACAUCUGCGGAGGAAAGGAUUAUUCAGCAGGCCAGAGAUUGAGGAGGCAGUCUCCAGAGUGGACAUGUACAUCAAAUUAAGUGAGGAUUUUCCGGGAUACUUCGAUGCAGUAGUCAACACAGAUGAUCUGGAUGAGGCAUUGACAGAGCUGAGUUUCCUUGUCAAGGCGUACCUGGGCUUGGAGGCACCUGCAGUUUUUGAUAGCAUUCAGGUCUGGAGCAGCAAAUCAGGAGCAGGUUCAAGAAUACCACUCUUACAAGAGCAAAGAUUGUCACCCAGCAGAGUAAUCCCUGGAACUUGGUCUUCACCUGUCAAUGAGUUCAUUGUUCCAAGAGUUUUGGACUCUUCAGCCAAAAACAGGCCAGGGAGCAUCUCGGACAAAGUAGCUGCACAACUGAGUGCUCUGGAAGAAGCUUCUCUCCAAAGGCGUCGUUCUGCGGCACGACAGGCUUUGUCGGGGAAGGCACCCAGUGCCUACGUCCAGCUCUUUCAAAGGGACCUGGCAGUCAGUCCCGCACCAGGCAGCCCCCAUCAACACUUACUGGAACCACCAACCCAAGUUUCUUUGCUCUCAGAUGGAAGAAACAUCACCCAAGACCAGAGCUUCCCCCCGACUAACCCAGGGAGCCGCUCCAGGGAAUCUGGUCCUCCCAGUGGACGAUUUCUAACCUCAGCUGCAGCACCCUCUGCCCAAGGUCUGCCCCUUCGGACCCCUCUUCCCCGCGCUCACCUCGCUGGAGAAACCCAAGCCGAGCGUCACGAUCCAAGAGGAACUGAAAACGGGGCAGAUAAAUUGAAAGUGUGGAGUGGUGUCCACGGAAGAGCUCUGGUUUCCCUCACCGUGCAAAUCCAGGAGUUGGCCAAGGCUUCUCCUCGUUUAAGUAGGAUCAACCAAAGGAAACAUCCCAGCUCAUGGUGA